AUGUCUACCAAGAAAGCAACACCAACUUUAGGAGGUAAUGGCAAUACUAAGUCAGCUGUAGCCACCACGUCGACAACAAAGACAAAGACAAAGAUACCAACUACAACAACGACAACAACAGAUAUGAUAAAGAAACAACAACAACAACAACAACAACAUAUAAAACCAUUAAUCAAUGCUACUAGUCCCAGCACAACAAAGAAACAAACACUCAUACAGUCACCAACGACAACAACAACAAAGAAAAGGAAGGAUAUUGAGAAUGAUGAAGACGAGCAAUCGCAACAGAAGAACAAUAAACAAAUACAGAUACAACAGACACAACAGGCAUCAAAGAAACAAAGAACGAUCAAUGAACAACAAACUACCACGACUACUCAAUCAGAGCAACAACAACAACAACAACAACAACAACAGGACACAUUUCAACAGGACACAUUUCAACAACCUACAUUGAUAUCUAUAUUGGCUAUCACACCUGACUUGUUGUCAAAGACACAUCUGCCCGCUCAACCUUUCGAACCAGCCUUUACUCCAGCCAUCCGAUCACUCCUUUACACUCCCACCAAGAAGGUCGCCACUAUGGCGGCCGGUCUAACAAAGCUAUGCGACAAACUGUCAACAAAUCAAUAUGUGGUCAUACCUUCAAAGACAUUGCUGGACGAGAUCACUCAAUAUGGACGACUGACCAACUGUUACAUCAAGAACAGUUUGGGCAAGUGGCCACACUUCAAGCAUCUACGUCUAUGUCAUAAGAGACUGAAACAAAUCACAUCCAUUGAUUAUAAUGGUGUACUCAUGCCCUUUGUCAACUCGAUUCGAAACUACAUUGAUGGCGAUGACAACAGUAUGCCCAGUGGACAAUUCAUUCAUCUCGUACUCUACAAGUUAUAUACACUCAUUAACUGUCAUAAAUUGAUUGAUGAGCUCAUGAUAACGACCGGAAACCUGAUGGCUGGAGUGUUAUUGAAGGGCUUCUACCCUAGCCUUUCAACAACAACCAUUUCCAUGUUGAGUGUACUUCACAAGUGCAUCAAUGAGCAACAUAAUAGUCUUUGCAAUGUAUAUAACCUUAUCCAGGACAAUAUGAACAUAUUACUUGGAGGCGCCAACAACAAUAACGAAAAGACAAAGCUGACGUAUGCAUCUGGCAAACUAUGUGCACCAUUCUAUCAAAUGUUCAACAAGAUGAUGUUGCCCAAACACAUGGUAUUGGUAAAGAUAGAGUAA